AUUUCAGUUGAACGACGCGAUUCAUAACGUGAAAAUCGUCUUCUCUCGAGACAAUCUUAAACAAUCAAAAAAUUUAUUCGAUAACAAAAAUAUAUUUAAAAAUUAUAUAGAAAACUUAACAAAAAAAAAACGAAAUAACGAGUGGAAUCUAAGUUCACAUUAAUUAACGAGUGAUAGGCUCACCUUUAACGGACAAAAGGAAGGACUUCCCAAAACUCUGCCAAAAUGCAAGGUUUUGACAACACAAUUCGACGAGCCUCGAGGCGUGCCUCCUUGAGACGUGGCUCAAUUUCUGUCUUGCCCCAAAAACAAGCGGAAAUUCCAUGGGACAUUCUGGAGCGUUUGGCUAUGCCAUUUCUCUUUUGUCAUGCGGCAGCCAUAGUGAUAUCAAAUGCUUUGCAUAUCCUUGGAAUAUCCAACGUAUCAACAUUUGCCGUAUUUGUUUGGUUUGCCUUGUCCACCGUGGGCGCUGUAUUGUUUUAUCAUUUUGUCAAGGUCUCUGCCUCGGGCAAAGCUGUUCUCAUCACUGGCUGUGAAUCUCCCAUUGCCUGGUAUUUGGCUAAGAAAUUAGACGACUUAGGUUUCCAUGUCUUUGCGGGUUUCAAUGUACCCAUUGAAGAAUCCGAAGAGGCUACCAUUUUGAGAGAGGAAACUUCAGGACGCAUGAAAACCAUUCACUUGGAUGUUACUUCAGAAAAGACACUUUUGGAAGCUGCCUUAUAUGUCUCUGAACAUUUGCCUUUCGGUACCCAGGGUUUGUGGGGUUUGAUCCAUUGUGCACAAUGGGUUGCUUUGGGCGAAAUGGAAUGGUUGCCAUUUGCUGUGUUGCGUAAAUCUUUGGAUUUGAAUUUGCUGGGCUGUGCUCGUUUAACACAAUUGAUGUUGCCUUUGAUUCGUAAUGCCCAUGGACGUGUUAUCUUCCUAACAUCUGGUCUCAACAAAAUUCCCACACCCGUGCGCAGUGUCCAAUGUGCCACCCAGGCUGCCAUUGAAAGCUUUGCUGCUUGCCUGCGCCAAGAAAUGCGUCCACGCAGAGUUGAUGUUUCGGUAGUGGCUGCCGGUGAAUUCACACCUGGCAAUGCUUGGCUCAAUGAAACUGAACUAAGGGAACAGGCCAAGAAAAUGUGGGCCCAAAUGUCGGUGGAACAAAAGAAGGCCUAUGGCGAGGAUUAUUAUGAAGCUGCCAUGACCUCCAUUGAGAAAUAUUCCAGAGAGGCUGCUGAUAUACAACCCGCAGUACGUGUUCUUAUCGAUGCCACCACUCGCUCCUUUCCCAUGGCCCGCUAUACUCCUGUCACACCCAAGGAGAAAUUGCAAAUCUUUAUGGCUGAACAUUUGCCUCCCUCCUUGUACGAGGCUUUCUAUGGUGUACCCAGAAAAUAAGGACCAAAAACAAAAAUUGACUGAAAAAGUAUAGGUUUGAAGAAAAACCAUAACGAAAUUGUUUUUUAAGUGAAUGAGCGAAAAACGCUCCAAUGUGUAUGCAGUAGUCCUGUAAUGGAAAAGGGAUAUGUAUUUUCUUAUGAUAAGUCAAUUUUAGAAAAGUAACCAGAAAUUCAAUAUUGAAUGAAUAACAGCAUUUUAGUUAGCAUUUAGCAAGCGGCAUUGUUUCUCUAAUUUGUAAUAAUUUAAUCCCGAUUUCUAUUUUACAUAAAUAAAGAAAUUUUUGAUUUAGUUUUUUUUUAAAAAAUAAAAUUCCGAAAAUAAAACUUCUGUUUAAUCAACUAAUGGUUAAAACAGCA